GCCGAGACACGUACGGAGGGGCGGGGCCAGAGAGCAUUUUUCUAAACAAACAUUUGGAGUGAAGUUUUGACUCGUGCGUCUCAGCUGUCCGACCCGGAGUUCACACGUCUGCGUUCAUCUGAGUAAACCUUCAUCAUGUCGAGCAAACGAGCCAAGGGAAAGACCACAAAGAAGCGCCCUCAAAGGGCCACUUCCAACGUGUUUGCGAUGUUCGAUCAGUCGCAGAUCCAGGAGUUUAAAGAAGCAUUCAACAUGAUCGAUCAGAACAGAGACGGCUUCAUCGACAAGGAGGAUCUACACGACAUGCUGGCCUCUCUCGGGAAGAACCCAUCAGAUGAGUACCUGGAGGGGAUGAUGGCGGAGGCCCCGGGGCCCAUAAACUUCACAAUGUUUCUGACCAUGUUUGGAGAGAGACUGAACGGCACCGACCCAGAGGACGUGAUCAGGAACGCCUUCGCCUGCUUCGACGAGGAGGGAUCUGGUUUUAUCCACGAGGACCACUUGAGGGAGCUGUUGACCACAAUGGGCGACCGCUUCACAGACGAGGAAGUGGACGAGCUUUUCCGAGAAGCUCCCAUUGAUAAAAAGGGAAACUUCAACUACGCUGAGUUCACGCGGAUUCUGAAACACGGAGCCAAAGACAAGGAUGACGAGUGAACCAAUGGGGCCAACUGCCAACUCAACAACACUUAAGUAGGGCUGCACAAUACAACAAGUCUGCAAAUAAAAUCACCUAUGUACCUGGUUUUUACUGCCUUAAAAAACCUGAAAACCAGAACUAGUUCAUUUUAAACAGUUUUCAGUGGUCCAAAAAUGAUUCCUCAAUUACCUAAUGCAUUCAGCACAUAGAGUUUAGAAGCACUUUUCACAACUUUCAGAGACAUACAGGGAAAGUUUGCUUCCUCUUUGUAAGAUGCACACAUGUACACAGUGGACUUACAAAAUAUGUGUACUGGGGCAAUGUACAUUUUGCUCAAAAACAUGUUGGAAAAUGGGUAGAAUGUCCUUUGCACAGAACAGUAUCAACAAUAUCCCAUCUUUGCAUAGAAAAUUCUUGUCUCUGUAGUUUAGACGUCUACAUACAUGAUCUAAAUGCACAGGAUUCUUUAUUGUAUCUUGUUUUGUCUCAAACACUAACGCUCCUGAACACUCUGAUCAGAAUCCUACUUUUAACAUAAAUGACAAAUCUUAUCACAAUCAGAAAAGUCUCAACUUCAAAAUUGUGCAGCCCAACUUAUAGAAGGAUAAAUAGUUAUAAGAGUUACGCAAACCCCGCCUCCAUCUGAGAUUAUGACGUGACACAGACUAUUGGGUGAAGACAAAAAUGUGUUUGAAUAAAGUAUUUGGAAUGAGACUGGUGGCAAAAUGUAUAAUUAUGAUUUCAGAUUAAGAAAUGUCUUUUUUUCCCCUCAUUUUAAAAAAAAGUAAAUAUUUAUACUCUUUAUUCAUCCUAUGUGUUUUUCAACCAUUUUGAAAUUAUUCAAAUUAUUCACAUGUAUUAUUAAUUUGAAAUAAUGUAAGGAAAACAGCUAAAUGUAGAUGAUGUGUGGAUUGUAGUGGAGCAGUUCAAAUCAGUAAGUGAGCAUGUGAAUGACAUGGAGAACCACCUCAUCACAUCAUGAGGUUGAGUCGAGGCUUUGGAAAGUGUAAAAGUAUUUGUAUUUGGGACCAUCACAUGUUCUUUUCUUUUUUAACUUUUACAAAUAUUUUCUUUAAAUACAUAAUGAGAAAUGUCCUAAAAUUGUUUAAAUAAAUGUUUAUGAAGCAA